UUGUUUAAAGGGGCGGGAGGAAUUAGCCAAUGAAAAUGGCGUGCUAAGGAAGUUACGUACACUGUUUGCGCUUGAAAAUCAGCGGCAGGAAGCAGCAAUUUUUACAAGCAGGCAGGCGUACUGAAAUCGACUUUCAGUGAGGCAGAAUCGAAUCAACGCAUGGAUCGUUCCAAAGACCCAUUCUGUCAGUCUGGGCCAGAGACCUAUGCUAGCCCAGCAAAUCCACGUGUGCGAACCCUUUCCAAUGUGGUAUCUAACCUUCAGCACAAGCUGCAAGAUGAUGUGACCCCGAGCUCUCAGCAGUUUUCUCGCAUUCGUCAGGAGCGGGAGCAGGAGUUGAACAAGUUGCCUUUCCAACCAAUUAGUGAAAAUGCCUGGCUAAAGAGGAGCAGCUCUGACCCUUCAUUAUUUCAGGUCAACGACAGAGGGUUGAACAAUGGCAGCUAUAUUGAAGCUGGUACAGCAGGAGCAUGGACAGGACCGUUAACAGUAUGUUCUCCUGAAGAUUGUGCAACAUCUCUUGGAUCAGAUGGCAAGAUUGGAAGGCAGCUGCAAUUUGAAAGGAAGGAGACGAAGACUGCUCAAAUCGACAAUGAUGGAGAACAAAGAGGGGAGAAGCCAGAUGAUCAGCCAGGUCAAAUAUUCGCCAGAGUAUCUAGGGAUGAGAAUCAGAACAAGUCUGAGCUGUCUGCAUGUGAAGAACAGAACCGUGAUGAAUCAAUUCGUGUUGAGUUCAAUAUCAAACGCAAGAAUAUUUCAGGUGUAACAGAACAGAAAGAGCAGGCUGAAGAAAAUAUCAAGGAUAGUGAAUCAUCUUAUGGUGAUGAACCAAUGGAGCUCUCAACAGAGGAGGAGUUGAGAUUGUGGAAGUAUCCUACUUGUCAUGGUCCAAAAUGUGGGGUGUCUGAAAACCAAGCGCAAAGUGUAUGUGCUAACAAAGAUCAUAGGUUGGGUGAACUACCAAAAGAGAAUAAACCUCGAGUAAGCAGUGUUGCACAGCAUGGUGGGGCCACUCGUAUCUACCAAGAUGAACAUCGGACGGCAAAUGAAUUUGUUGCGAUACGUGAUUCUUCUUACACACACACUGAUAGGACGCCAAGAAGAAAACGGAGCCACUGUGAGUCAGAAAGGUGCACAAGUGACCAAGGACGAGACAAAUGUUUACCUUCAUUGACGAAUAAUGAGGGAGUGGAAGAGUCUCGUAAAAAAGUUAAAGUAGAAACUAUCGCAGGAAAUAUUACCAAUAACCAUGAGUCAGAACAGCACCCUGAUGAGAGUGAUGGACAUCGGAAGCCAAAUCAAAUCCAGAUCACAAAUGGGAAAGAAGGCCUGCGACUGGUGUCUAAUGAGGCAGGUAGUAGGGAUGUUGUAAACCAAAAGCCAGAAGUUAAACUGCUAGAGGUAAAUGAGACUCCUCGCCCCAAGAACGUCACUCUCUUGUCAAAGAAUGUUGAAGAAAUUGAGGAAAUGGCAUUAGAUGGAUGCCAGAGUAUGGCAGACUGUGGUCGAGCAGAAGAAACCUACAUAGCAGGAGGAGGUGCAAACUCAAGGAACCCGAAGCUUGAGACGAUCCAUGCCUCAAGUUCCUCUGGGGGCUCCACGGAGCAGAGAGAAGAGACAAGUGUGGCAGAUGUUGAGGUCAGCUCUCUUGAUGAGACCAACACUGCUGAGAUAAUUGACCAAAUGUUUGAGGAAGUGCUGGAGUAUGCAGAAAGAAAGGAAGAAAAGCAAUACAAUGAAGAGGACACAGAAGACCAGGAUAGUGGCAUCAGCAAUUGGUGUGGAGAGAAAGAGAGAGUGAAUAUUAAGUUGGACAGUAAGAAAAGUAGAGAACAUUUGAAUGCCAAAGAUGAGUGUGAGAAGUUUCAAAGCAAUGGGGAUGAACUAUUGACUUUCCCUCCUGAUGGUAUCCUCUCUCCGCUCAGCAAGUCCGUAGAGGCUGUGGUAAUUCCACUGAAACGAAAGAGACUAGCAAGCGGCAUGGAAGCUGACCCUGAAUCUUUGCUCCUGACCCAAGGAGAGACCCCUAGCUCUCCUGUGGAAACUUCACCACUCUACAGCAUCGAUGCCUACCGCACACAAAGGCAGAGUAAGCUGCUGGCCAUUCAGUGUGUUACACAUGGGGUGGAGAGAGGAAUACCUGAAAAGCCCCAGCCUCAAGCACCAACCAACAUCAAGGACAAAAUAUUGGCACUAAAUGAAGAAGCAGCCAAGCUGCAGACUGUCAUCAAACAAACAUUGCAGGCAUUAAGUUGCUGCACUGGUGAGCAUGGACGUGGUUCACUUGAGGAGGCUGAGGCUGAAAAGCUGCUACUUGUGACCUGUGAGAAGUGCUCAGCAUUGCAAGCAGAAGUGGUCAAGCUCAGGGAGGAGACUGGUUCAGAUUCUAAAGCGGAGGAGAAUGAUACACAGCAGCCUUGCAGAGGGACUGUUACCAUCACAAAUAUACAACUGCCUCUCAAGUUGGAAUACGUUUGUUCCUCACACAACAUCUCAGGUCGUCCAAGUCACUAUUUCUUCAUCCUGAUCCGUUACGGUCCCUGCAAUAUCGUUUCUACCCCACUGGCGACGACAGCAGAUGCUCAGAAUGGAGAUGCCAUUUCUUUCCCCACUUCUGUAACUCUGAAGGAUAUUCGCUCAACUUUUGAAAUCGAUGUUGAAGUUUAUAGCCUGUCUCAAACAUCAGGGACUAACGGUGGCAAUGACCAUUCAAUCACCAAGUCAAGGGUAACCCCAAAAAAGCUUCUGAAUACCCUAACACACCGAACCAGCAGCAAUCUCACAUCCCCUGUUGUUCCAACUGUAUACACUCGUCGCUCUAGUAACUUUUGUCUGGUCGGGUCCCACAAGAUCACAUUAGCCAGUCUGGGACACAACAAGUUCCUGUUAGAUAAGAUGAAACUCGAUGGCAAAAUUAGGAGGCUCCUGGGAGAUGAAUUUCAGGAAAAGGUGCCUUUUCUUUCUCCUCUAGAGGGCCACAUCUACCUGCAACUGGACAGCAAGAGCCACUCGUGUGUGCAAAACCAAGGUUUUCUGACCAUGUUUGAAGUUAUCAGCGGCUAUGGGGCGUGGCAUCGUCGAUAUUUUACUCUGGAUGGCUGUACCAUGCUUUACUGGAAUCACCCCAAUGAGAAAGAAUCCAAGGAAGCAGAGGGUGUCAUCUCCCUGUCCAGCGCCCAAUAUCAGUGUGUCAGACCAGUCAAGAGAGACGCGUGUGCUCGACCUUACACUUUUGAGCUGGUGAGCAGCAAUCUACAGCAAGACGACAACGAUGGAGCCAUUGCCAAGUGUUGGUUUUCAACUGACACCAAACAGGAGAAAUUGAACUGGAUAGAGAAACUCAAUCAAGCCCUUUUGGACUUCAAUACAUGGAACAGAUCGGCAGCAAUCCAUACUGAAAUGCAGCAGUCCGACAACUCAAGCGGGAACUUGAGAGAGAGCAUCCUUUAACUAGUUUGCUAAACAAGCCCAUGUGAAGAGCUCUGAAUGUGUGUUUGCACCUGACACUUCAACGCACAGCUGCAUUUUAAUGGUGAGCUGUAAAUUAUGAUUAAAGGAAUAAAUAUUGUUGUCUUGGAA